AUGUUCCAGCAAUGUUCCUGUGAUGUGGCUCAUGGGGCUGGGAGCCUGGCAGCCAGUCCAGACCUGUGGGAACUAGGCACCAACCCACUGAAGAGCCUGGGAAUUGAAAAUGGAGCCUUCCAAGGAAUGAAGAAGCUCUCCUAUAUCCGUAUUGCUGACACUAAUAUAACCACCAUCCCUCAAGGUCUUCCUGCUUCCCUUACUGAGUUACAUCUUGAUGGCAACAAAAUCUCCAAAAUUGAUGCAGCAAGCCUGAAAGGACUGAAUAAUCUGGCUAAAUUGGGAUUGAGUUUCAACAGCAUCUCUGUUGUGGAUAAUGGUUCUCUGGCCAACACACCUCAUUUGAGAGAACUCCACUUGGACAACAACAAGCUUAUCAAAGUGCCUGGUGGAAUGGCAGAACAUAAGUAUAUCCAGGUUGUCUAUCUUCAUAACAACAAUAUCGCUGCAGUUGGACCUAAUGACUUCUGUCCACCUGGAUACAACACCAAGAAAGCUUCUUACUCCAGUGUGAGCCUUUUUAGCAACCCUGUCCAGUACUGGGAGAUCCAGCCCUCCACUUUCCGAUGUGUCUAUGUGCGCUCUGCCAUUCAUCUUGGAAACUACAAAUAA